CCGAGAGUAAAUAGACGCCGGAGCCCAAGAUGGCGGAGCUGCCCAGUCCCGGUCGUGGCGCGGCGCCCCCCGAGCAGGAGGUGCUCGGAGCCAGGACGGCCCCGGACGCGAAAGCUUCCCGCGGAUCCCAGCCGGCCGCCAAGAAGGUGAAGGGAGCUGAGGAGCGGAGCCUGAAGGGCGCUAAGCGCGUCAACGGUGAAGGGGGCGGCGGUGGCGGGAGCGCCAAGCAGCCGCUGCCCGCGGUCGUGCCCAGCUACAGCGGCCCCGGGCCUUGGGGAUUCGCCACGCUGCCCUCGGGCCCCUCGGCGGGCGCGGGGGGCUUUGCGUUCCCCUCCCCACUGUCCCGGAAGCUGCUGCCGCCCGCGGUGCUGCUGCCGCCGUCCGCCUCCCCCUCCUCGUCCCACCCGCAGCACCAGCACCGCCACCACCGGCACCGCCUGGCGCUGGCGGCCGAGGCGGGAGGUGGCGGCAGCGCCAAGCCCAAGAGACCCAAGGAAAAGCGGGAUAAGGAGAGGAGGAAGCACGGGGUCCUGCCCGUGGUGGCGACGGCGGGAGAUGGCGGCGGGGCCCUGAGCCGGGAGGAGAACGGGGAGGUGAAGCUGCUGUUCCCGAAAGGUCAAAUCAAAGACAAAGUUAAAGAAAGGGAAAAGAAGCAAAAAGAGAAGAAGAAGCACAAAAUAAUGAAUGAAAUCAAGAAAGAAAAUGGAGAGAUCAAAUUACUGCAGAAAGGUGGGAAGGAGAAACCAAAAACCAAUGCAGAAGAGCUGCAGAUUAAAAAAGUUAAGAAGAAAAAGAAAAAGAAACAUAAAGAGAACGAAAAGAAGAAGCGUCCAAAAAUGUACAGUAAAUCCAUUCAGACCAUCUGCUCAGGAUUGGUUUCUGAUAUUGAGGAUCAGGAAGCCAAAGGCAUCAUAGAUGAUCAUCUUAAGGAUUUCAGUGGGAAAAGUAUGGAUCCCAAGAAGGACUGUGAGUCCAAGAUACCAGAGAACAGUGAGUUUCCAUUUGUCUCGUUAAAGGAGCCACGGGUUCAAAAUAAACUCAAAAGGUUGGACACAUUGGAGUUCAAACAGCUGAUUCAUAUUGAGCACCAGCCUAACGGAGGUGCAUCAGUUAUCCAUGCCUACAGUAAUGAACUCUCCCACUUGUCUCCUGUGGAGAUGGAGAGAUUUGCAGAAGAGUUUGUGGGUCUGGUUUUUAGUGAAAAUGAAAACUGUGCAGCUUACUAUGUAAUGGGUAUUGUUCAUGGGGCAGCUACUUAUUUACCUGACUUUUUAGACUACUUUUCGUUUAAUUUUCCCAAUUCACCAGUGAAAAUGGAGAUUUUGGGAAAGAAAGAUAUAGAGACAACGACUAUGUCAAAUUUUCAUGCUCAGGUAAAAAGAACAUACUCUCAUGGUACGUAUAGAGCUGGCCCAAUGAGACAGAUCAGCCUGGUUGGAGCAGUUGAUGAGGAAGUGGGGGAUUACUUCCCUGAAUUCCUUGAUAUGUUGGAAGAAUCACCCUUCUUAAAAUGUACACUGCCAUGGGGAACACUUUCUAGCUUAAAAUUAGAGAGUCGUAAAGACAGUGAUGAUGGUCCCAUUAUGUGGGUACGCCCAGGAGAACAGAUGAUCCCUGUGGCUGACAUGCCAAAGUCACCUUUCAAAAGGAAGAGAACUACCAAUGAAAUAAAAAACUUGCAGUACCUACCUCGAACCAGUGAACCCCGUGAAAUGCUAUUUGAAGACCGGACCCGAGCCCAUGCGGAUCACAUAGGACAAGGUUUUGAACGACAGACCACAGCUGCUGUGGGAGUGUUGAAAGCUGUGCACUGUGGGGAGUGGUCUGAGCAGCCUCGUAUAACCAAAGAUGUAAUUUGUUUUCAUGCUGAGGACUUCUUGGAGGUAGUUCAGCGAAUGCAGUUAGAUUUGCAUGAGCCUCCACUCUCACAGUGUGUCCAGUGGGUUGAUGAUGCAAAACUUAAUCAGCUGCGAAGGGAAGGCAUUCGAUAUGCCAGAAUCCAGUUAUUCGAUAAUGACAUUUAUUUCAUCCCGAGGAAUGUUGUGCACCAGUUCAAAACAGUUUCAGCUGUGUGUAGUUUGGCUUGGCACAUCCGGCUCAAGCUCUAUCAUUCAGAGGAAGAACUCUCUCAAAACACAAGUACUGUUGAAGCAGAGACCUCUGCAGACCCCAAGUCUUCGGUUGUUGGACUUCAGACUGACAGAAUUUGUACCAUGAGCAAGGAUACCUCUGAAGACACCAAAUUUCCAGAUGCUCUGCAGACCAAGUACCUGCAGCAGGAAUUUUUGCCGAUAAAACAUGAACCUCUUGCGUCUCUCCGAGUAAAAGAAGAGCCCAUGAAUGUUGAUAUUGCUGAAAAGACAGUGACACCUAAUGACGUCAGGGGACAGAAUGUUCAGGCUAGGCUGGAUCACACUGAGUUGACAUCACUAAAGUUGGAAAUGGAUUCUAAAUUUGAACCUGGCAACAAGGACUUACAAGGCAAGUUGUGCUCUGGAGGUCACGUACAUCCAGAUGAUACAAGACAACCUAGCUCAUCAUAUCCAAAAUUGCAUGGACAAAGAGAGGAUGAUUUUUUGUGCUAAAUUUGUAUAUAUGGUUUUAAAUCCCUUUUUAAACUUAACGAUGUAAAGAUCAUAAAUUGUGAGGCAAGUUUGUGACUUGUCUUCGCAUCUGUUACAGAAAAUAGUUAUGUAGCUUUGUAACAUUCCUCAGUGCCUGUCCAUAACUGUGAAGUAUCAAAGCACUUAGGGCCAGAUGCACUGUAAACACUGCAGGUUUAACAUAAAGAAGUCUUUAAAUAAUUUUGAGUUGUAGGUUUUAGAGUAGAGCUGACAUUUAACAUAUAUAUUUUUUGUAAGAUGAGCCAGAAUUCUUUUUGACAAUUCCAGGCUUUUCCAUAGAGCUUAUUUAUACCAAUUUUUUCAUUUUAAAUGUGUCAGCACUGUAGUGUAAAUAUCUUUUUUAAGAAUCUUUUUAGUGUGAUUUAUACUGAAAUGUGAGCCGCUUAAUAAAGGUUCAUAAUAACAGAUUGGUUUUAUUUUUGGGUCUGCAAAAAAUAAUUCAGUUCAACUGCCUCUCUUAGUGGUUAUGUUCUACCUGCCACUAAUGCAUAGGAUGCCCUUAUGCCUUGAGGGUGAAGAUCUGUAGCAAACUGAGGUAGAGUUGAGACAUCUUUGUAAAUGCAGAUUAAUCAGAAGGCAGAAUCAGUUCUCCCUUCACAUGAUUCCUUACGGGUGUUUGUUCCAGGCACUCCCCAAACUCCUGCUGUCAGAUAUUCAUGUGGAACAGGGAGACGCACUGUCUGUUUGGAGGGCAGUUGGACAGACAUGCAGUGGGCUCCAGGAGCGCUAUCAGUACCUGCCUGCAUCUCUCUAGAUGAGCUGGUGCAAGGGAGCAAACUCCUUUCUGGGCUUUGCCUCUUGGCCCUGCUCAGGGCCCAGUUCACACAGUUCCAUU